AUGUCCCGGUCAAUCCUGCUGUUCUUCACGCUCAUCGCCCAUGGGUGCGCUAUCCCAUGGCGAGGGCCAGCUGAGACUCGCUCGUCUAUGGCGACGGUGACCUCGGAAGCUGUGUUUCCAGCUCCAACUAGCACCAUGGAAGAAGACCUGGCACUUUACAACCUUUACCGUAGAGACUCUUAUCCCGUAAGCGUAUGCGGUUGGAUUGGGGGGAAUGGUGCUAAGCCAGCUAUGUGCUCGUCACAUUCGUCGUGUGUAUGGGACACGGACAACUCCUUUGUUGGAUGCUGCGCCACCGCGUCGAAUAACUGCGGAAUUUACACGUCGUGCGUCGACGUGAACUCCCCAAAGCCCAGUGCAGAUAGCCCAAACGUCUACACCUGUCGAGGCACAUCCGUCUGCUACCUGAACUCAUACCCGCUAGGCUUCUCGCAAUAUGGCUGCGGUCAUUCGAACAUGGCAACCACUAUCCUUACCUCGUACUCAGGCAUCAACACUCAACUGUCCCUUCAGAUCGUCUUCACCGGGACAAACUCGUCUGCUUCGUCCACCACCUCGUCCACCACCUCGUCCACCACCUCGUCCCAGCCCACAGCAUUUCUCACGGUAACGGAGUCCCUGACUACGAGUCCAGGGUCCACGGCAAGGCAGGCUGAUUCAGGUACUUCAGAAACUGUCCUGACUUCGUCGAGUGCCCUUGCUUCCACAGGAGGCUCCCCCACCAGUUCUGAUUCGACAACAUCCCCAUCUACCUCACCACCCAGCACCCCGAGUACUUCGAACACACCAACCGGGGCCAUUGCAGGGGGUACGGUUGGCGGUGUCGCUGCCAUUGCAGGAAUUGUGGCCGUUUAUUUUUGCCUUGGUCGCUCCUCUCGGUCGAAGAAGGAAGGGGUUGCCCACGCAUCAACGGCCCCUUACUCUGACUCUUACCCGACAAUUCCAGAACUCGAAAGCCCUAAACAGCCAUCAGCAAUUUUCGGAACAAUGACGGAGACCACUUCUGCUCUUACAGUACCUUCGGUGGGAGCAGUGCCCUCACAUAGUCAGGGAAGCGAAAUAGCGGAGCUUGCUAGUGAUUCCAAUUAUACUCCCUAUGCGGAGCUUGAAGCAAGGCAACUGUGA